GAUUGAUCGUAUGUGCAAUUCUGGCUAAGGUGACAUUGCCAAGGAAUGUCUUGAUGUGUGCCAGCAGCUCUGUAGUUCGCCUGCGACACGUGGAUAAUCAUCGUAUACGCUGCUCGAAUCAGUCGCCGCGUUCCUUCAGGGCGAGCAGCUGUUUUCUGGAACACUGCAAUGGGCUUUGGUAAUUUGCUUGUGCCUGACUCUUAAGUGAUGCCUCAUUAAAUGAGCCGUCCCUCGAUAGGAUGUCUGCACAGGAGGAAACUCAAAGUAUUUUUCUGUGCGUUCUCUUUUGAUCUAAAGAACCUAAAUGUAGGAUAUGUGAGGAUCAUUCCAUGAUCUAAAGAGCCUAAAUGUAGAGGUCGUUUUAGUUCAGUACAAACCUAUCAAUUCUUCUGCUGGUGGAAGCAUACUCUCCUCCUUUGGCUCUGUCAGAAAGUUAAACACCUUGUAUACACUUGUUUUUCAAGCUCUCUGUAGCUGAGAGAAAUAGUUUGCUGCAGUGCUUCAUCCCAUCCUGAAGUAGCUGUCUGAGAUGUGUGAGAAGAAUUCCCUUUGCAGCUGCCUUUCUGUGUCUAUGGCCUGAAACUGGGACCUGCCUGCACAGUGGGUUUAGUAUAAAUAUCUAACAUCUAAAGGAGUACAUUUAGGCAAAGUAAGUCCAGGUCUCUCUCAUUCAUGACCAAAAGAAUGACCCUAGUUAGUUUACCACAUAUCCCACAACCUCUUCUCCACCAAGACAAAUAAUCCUUAGCCUAACCAUGACUGACUGAUUGACUAUCCAAAUUGGUCCACAAACAUUAAUUAUUUCAGCAAGUCAAAAAAGAGCUCACCAAGUCCUCAGGUUUUUAUGGAUUGCUAAUCCUGUGAUGGGGGCUUUAAGUCUGCUUCAUUUUUGUGUGUGUAGUCCCACAUAUUCACACGUUGGUGAUAAUACUUCACAUCUUUCUUAGAACCUACACUGAAUGACUACAAGCCCAAAAGUCUCUCUUUUCACUUCGCAUUUCCUAAUAGGAGAUAACAGGAGACCUUCCAUUUUCAGUUCUCAUCCUUAAAACUUCACAGUCAGUACAUCUCAGUUCUGUCCUGAAAUGCUAGGUUAUCCCAAGCCCUCAGUUUGUCUUAAUUCCAAUUAUGAUACUGCAAUUCUACAGUAGAGGUGCCGUGGCACUGAAAUCUUUGUGCUAUUUCAACUAUCUGAGCUGAAAGUAAUACUUGGAGCCUAUGAGCCAGAUUGGAUGUAGUCAUACAUAGAUAAGAGUAUUUUUUCUUACUGUCAAGCAUGAGUCCUCUGAGAUUCCAGCUUUUUUUGUAGUCACUUUACUCCCUUGAACUAGUGAUAUCUUAACUACCAGUUUAAAGCAGAAGUAUCAAAGGAAGCCAGUGAUAAUAUGAAGUGUCACUGAAUGAGAAAUUAAUCUCUGUCUACAGAGAUGUAUACUGCAUGCCCAAGGUAUUGCGAUAAAACACAUUUGGGAACUGUUUCUUCUGCAAUGAAAGAUUUUUUUUUUUUUAUAUAUACCAAAUGCUUUUAUCAUGUGUGAAGUGUUUUGAUAAGACAACUGCACCAUGUCUCCUGAAAGCCUGGUUUAUUGACAUUUAUAGAGGUACUUGCUGCGUGAGAAACAAAUUGCUCAGCUAUUUUUCAAGUUGUGUUCAGAUGCUGGAGACACACAGAAAGAUGAGGGAGACUGAAGCCACAGGGGAAGGAGAUACAGUGAACAUGCUUCAGUCCUUCCCUGCAGUGUGAGCCAAAGUCCCUUCUGGACCAUGCCCAUGUCUUGGCACAAUUAGUUCUCUUCUCUUACUGCAAACCUGCCCUUGGGUUCUUUCUCACACCAGAGUAACAUCGAAAUGAAAAUUAUGCAAAAAGCCAUUUUACCAUCAAAAAUCAAAUUUUCUCAUCACCUUUUAUUGGCUUGUCAGCACUUUGCAGGCCAGUGACUACUGUGACUAUUUUGGUGAUAGUCACAGUAUGAAGCCUAGGUAGUCUAUGUGCAGCUUUCACUUCUAGGUUUAGGGUUGGAAGGAAAUGACCCAGGCUUAAGGGUAAAACAGGACAUAACAGACACAAACCUACUUAAUCCUGUAUUCCUGCACUUCAGUCUCAAGCAAAGUUAUUACUAUAAUUCUGUGAGAGCAGUUAACAAGAGAAUCUGUUAAUUACAUAUUUUUGUAUCUGUUAAUAAAUUGCAGCAGCCUAGACAACCUAUGAUAUGUAUAAUAGAUCCUAGAAUUUGACAUAUUUACAGCACAGUAAAAUAUAAGAAAUGCACAAUAUUAUGAGAGUUUCAAUAUAAGAAAAGCACACUUUUUUCUCCUUAAAUUCCCGGUGUAUUUUCUUCUUCCUUCUCAGUAACAUGUUCACAGAUAAAACAGCUAGGACAUCUGUUGGGAAGUCAGUGGACUUGCAUGUGUUCAGCUGAUUCUUGUGUUUCUACUACAGUAUUUCCACCAAUGACUUUCUUUUCAUACACAGAGGGACAUAGGGUCAAGGAGGAACUGUUUCUUUGAAUAAUUUGAAGCAAUUCUAAUCACUGUGUAAUGUUAGUAGUUAUUCGUGGUUAUGGUUCAUGUGGGAGUGGGAACAUGUCAAGGCUUCUUUUGUACAAAAUUUACAUAAUUUUAAAUAUUGUGUUAGGAUAUAUGCAAUUAAAACCACAACUAAAUUGUGUCUGCAAGGAAGAUGCCUAAAUGUUUUAUUUUUAGAUAUGUCAAGAGUAUUUUCUAUUUGUUUUGGCUGGGCAACUAAGUGCUUAUAGUGAAGUAUAAGGAAGAGAACCUGUUUGAAUAGUGUAGAUGAUGGAGUGUGUAAGGAAUCUCCCAGCAUCCCCAUUUAGACUUUGUAUUUACAAACAAAACAAAAAAACAAUGAAGCCAAAACCCAAAAACCUAAGCAAAAGCUAAACAUGCACUAUGUGUAUAAAGAGCACGAGCUCUGCCAUCGUAGAGCAGUGAACACCUGAUUUGUACUGCCUGGAAAACAAACCAGGUCACCUGCUUUGUAUCAGCAUGGCAGAUACUGCAUUCUGGAGCCAAAGCAUCAUCCAGACGAAGGUGUGAAGAGGACUUAAUUGGAGAAAUGGUGUUAGAAAGAAGAUCAAAGGCUUAUCUUAAAAGAGGAACAUUAUUCAUGUAGUCUUAACCUACUCUUAAAAUUGAAAAGAAUGUGUAUUAGCCUUUCCCUUUGGUGGUCCAGUCCUGCUACUUUCACUGUGUCUGCAUGUGCAGACAUGUUGAGAAUUCGUGCAGAAAUCGGUACAGGAACGGUAAAUUGCUUUAAUCCUGCUCACGCUCUCAACAAGGACCUGCAGUGGGAUGUAAGAUGUGUUGGCCUUGCUCAGGUUCUCUGCCCAGGGGCAAAUCCCUUUCCCAGCAAGUGACAUUAGAUUGUCAACAAGAUACCACAUUCAUCAAAAGCCUGUGGCAUAUUUUCUCAUUUCUCUUGCACACAAACAAAUUCAGAGUCCGUUUGAUAUGAGAUCAGCUUAUAAUUCAGGUCAACAAUUAACAUUUACCCAUAAUUUUUCUUCAUGUAUUUCUCUAAAGGAUUAGCAAGUGGAUUUUUCUGUCAGAAGAGGUCUUUAGCACAGGUGCAAUUCUGACACUCUGGGAAGUGCUGGUGGCCUGCAUUUACAGUAAACAUAGAAAAGAGGUCUGGUAGGAGGGCACAGUGCAUUUGCAUGACAGAACUGAAAUGUAACCCUGCCUUUUGAACAUGGCCAGGCUGCUGGCAAGGUCAUGGAGAGCUGUGAAAUGAUCUGGCAGCUGAGCCCCCCAAGAGGCAUACUGCCAUUUCCUUACAGGAAUUCUGCCAGAGAGCAGUGUUUUAAAUCUAAUGAUAACACAGAUCAAAUGGCCUUUGCCUGCUUCAGGUAUUUGCUUAGAGGUCAAUAUCCUCUUUGUUUUAAGAAAACUGUAAGUCCUGGCCUAGCCUAGUGCUAUAGUGGAGGAGCUAUUUUCCUUAAAGCAUUCAUUUCUGACAACGUUUCUGGACAACAAAGUUUAGAGUUCAAGUAAUAUUGAAAAGUCCAUCCUGAUCAACUGUUUCCAAAGAUUUUUUAAAAGGCAGAAAGACUCUCACUUAUUUGAUCUGAAAUGAGCGGUACAUACCCUGGGGCAUUCCCCGUUAAUUUUUGCUCAGGCUUUUGAAGCAUUUUGGUGCUGAUUCCACCCCUGACAUAAGUCAGAGUCCAGGACUGUCCUCACUCAUGUCUGCCUGUACGUUCACUGUACAUUUGAAGAUUACCACUGUUUUUUUGAAGCUGCAGAAUAGGCCAGCAGAGACGCACAGGCUGACUCAAAAGUGCAUGCUGCUCACAUCAUUGCUGCUAGUUUCUAGCUCAGCAGAGGCACAGAUGUGUUUCACAGAGUGGAGAAUGUUGUUUCAGUUACUGACACUCCUGAGGCAGUUUUGUACAAAACACUGAACAGGGUGGAAACUUCCACUUUGAGCAAAAGAACAAUUUUAAUAGAGCCUACACACCUGUACCUUUUCAUGUCUGUCCCUUCCCACAGCUCUCCCAGACCAAACAUUCGAUUCCCCAAACUGAUGAUGGCAAGAAAAGGAGACUCAGUUAACUGUGAGUAUGUGUUUUCAGCAAAAAUCUGUAACUACAGAGCUCUUGAACAACAACAUGGGAAAAGUCAAAGACAGUCAAGUUGGUGCAGAGGAAGAUCCUAACACAGCAGGGUGGUGUAUGGUUAGGUUAGGUCUGUGCCUUUCAGAAGAAAGGCACAGACAAGGACAUUAGGGCUUUAUACUGCCAAAAGUGUUAAGUUUAUGUCUUUUGUUCACCUCUUUGCUUUGGCAAACUGCAGGUAAAACUGGAGGACAGCACAGACCAGGCACGGCCAAGAGGGACUUUGAUCUCUCCCAUUAAAGCAGUGUGUAGGGUCCAUCAGGUAAGCCAAUAUCCGUGUAAACAUCUGGUAAUAGCUUCACCUGGGGCUAUCAGGACAUCACCUUUGUGUUUGUUUGUCUGAGGCAAGUUCCCAUAGGGAUGACCAGAACAUUCCUACAAUGAGCAGAAACACACAAAAUGUUGAAAACUGUUUGAAAAUGCCAAAACACUCAUGUUCAAUUUGUGAAACUCACACUUCUUGAAAGAAAUCUCUCUUAGGGCGAAGAAGGCAGUUUUCCUCUUACGUAUGCACGUCGUACAUUCUUGAUCUGACAAGACUUGCAACCACAAGAGAGCAGUCUUUCCUUUGAAGAUGUCUCAGCUUCCCCAGAAAGCUACAGAUAUGCCCUAUAAGUUUUGCAAACUGCUUGUGAGCUGGUUCAGUUAGACCACAGCAGCCGAAACAACAAAGCUUGCAGUUGUCUUCUGGAUUUCAUUGUGAAAAGCCUUUGGGUAGUUUUCAGAUGACAGAAGAUCCUUGGUUCCUGAAAGUGAGGAGUUCUGCCAAAACUUUGAAGAUCCCUGUAAACUUUGCAAAUUACCCAUCUUUUGGAGACAAUUAUAUCAAAUGAUAUCAUGGAUUACAAUACAUGAGAAGUGUUUAGAGCCUGGAAGAUUAUUUAUGUUUGGCAUUAACUAUUACGGUCAUAAUUUCAAGUGGAGAGAAAAGGAAUACACAGGAACCCUCUUAUUACCUUUUGAAAUAUGAAGAUCACAGGAAUUGAAGGGUUUAAAUUGUGGAGCGAUGGUCCUCAAAACCUGUCUGUACAUUAACUGGCAUCCUACACCUAUAAACACAACAAGGCUUUCCAGGUACAGUGUGGACCUCGUGAGUUGUUAGCCUUGCUUUGAGACCUGAGUUUUCAUACACCGCAGGAGGAAGCUGCAGCAGGACAGGGUACCUAUACAAAUGUUGGAUUAAUACAUUGGAAGCCAAAUUCCGGAGCUAACACUGCACUGGUGAGGAAAAAAAGAAGCAUGGACAGCACUAAAGACGAUGCUAAACUGUUGAAGAGGAUUGCAUUUCCAGGAGCCGCGUCCCUGGCUAACAGCCCCAUGCACCCCCAUGGGCUACCCCUGAGAGAGCCCUUUGGGGUUCCCUUCCCCCUGGACCCAUCUUACUGGGAACAAGCCUACAGUGGGCACACAGGUCGCAUCUCCUACAUCCCAUUUCCUGGCUACAUGGGCAUCUAUGACUAUUCCUUCGAGCCUGCCUUCAUUCGGAAGAGGAACGAGAGGGAGAGGCAGCGGGUGCGCUGCGUGAACGAGGGCUACACGCGCCUGAGGGAGCACCUGCCCAAGGAAUUCGCUGACAAGCGCCUCAGCAAAGUGGAGACCCUGAGAGCUGCAAUAAGCUACAUCAAACACCUGCAGAGCUUGCUGGACUGCCAUCCCUUGGGCUCUGCCAGUAAGGAAGCGCUCUGUGGCAAGGAGUGCCCAGGAACUCCCGGUCCGGCUUCCCCACGGGAGUGCAACAGCGAUGGAGAGUCCAAAACUUCUUCAGCGUCAUCCCCCUACAGUGAAUUUGAGGAGACAGGCAGCUAGGUCUCCUCUCUGGACACAGAAGGCUUCCAGUUUGGCUGAAAAACAGUUCUAAAUCCUGGGGAAUUUUCUACAGAUGGACAUUAAUAUUGGGAAAAGGAAAAACAGAUAGGGAAGGCAAAAAAAAAGAGGUAUUUUCCAUCUCUCAAAGGACUUUAAAUAUUUGUUGUAUGAAACUUAAAUGUGAUUUUUAAACAGAUAUCUCUCAGGUUGCUUCAGCUGUGUUACUAAGCUUCCUUUGGACUGUUAAACUGGAGUGACAUUUGCAUUCUACUUUUCAUUCAGCUUUUAUUCUGUUCUAUUUUCUUUCGCCUUUCACUCGAGACAGUAAAACCAGACAAAUCCGUUUCAGGAAAUUCCCCUCCCCUUUCUCCUGCUUUGUCCAGUAAAUUUUACUGUCUGUUUUUCCUGACUGCUAACCUGAGAUACACUGCACUGCAAAUACUUGGACUGCGGAAGGUAAGAUUUAGAUUAAAUAUCUUUCCCUAAAUAUUUCAGAAAUCUCACAGAAAUAGUUCUAUUUAUGAAACAAUAAUUUUUCAAAUAAAAACAAGGCUAUAUUUGGAAAUCAAUUUCUUUUAAAGAAUCUUCUAAAGUGAAAGAAACAGCUCAUACACUGGACACUGGCUAUUUGGUCAUUAUUCUAAGGAUAAUUUUCAGGAAGAUAAAGCUGGACACUCAUUCCAGUCAAUAAUAGGAAGAGGGAAACAGAGUUCUGUGAAACUGCAUCUUCAAAAGCAGAGCUUCACUCAAGAUACUGAAAAAAUGAAAGCCUUUUCCCUACUUUUCUGAAAUCUGAGUUCAUGGACAAAAUAGUCUUGAUUGUGUCUUUGGCAGGUCAGAAAUUAUAUGCCUAGAAAUAUAACCUGUAGCAGUUAGACACUGGUGUGUACAAAAGGGGAAACAUUGAAUAUAUUGGUUUACAACUGCAUGAAAAUGCAGGUAUUUCUCCUUUUGUUUAGAAUAUUGUAUUACUUUUUCAAAGGAUACAGCUUUUAAAAUUAAUACCUGAAAAACUAUGGAAUACCUUUAAUUUUGAUUGCAUCUACUUAAAAUGAGAAUUUCUCUCCAAUUUGUUUUAAAAUCUGCCUUUCUCCAAGGCUUAAAUCCCACUCUGAAUAUGAGGUAAACUUUACCCAUCCACUUUCAACACACCUUUCAAACUUUUGCUUUUUUGGCCUUGUGUUGAUCAAAUUGUUUUGUAUCUUUUUGUUGUUUCCUUCAUGUCAUGCUGACCGAACAAAUAUUCAUGUAUAAAUAAGAACAAAUUCUGAUCAAAUAUUUCAAAAUGUGUCCAUAAAUUUCCUUUAAAUAAAAAAUGUGAUUAAUCCUG